CUCGUUUCACUCUCGCCUCGAGGCCAAGAUAUUACAAAAUAAAUGGCGGGUUGUCUUCGUGCACACUGACCAGUAUUUGUCCAUCUCUAUGGUUUGUCCUGAGCACGAUGAUAGAUGUUCACUGCCACAUCAGUGCCGAAGAAUUUGCAUCCGACAGAGAGUUGAUGAUACAAGGGGCACAAGAGGUUGGUGUAAAAGCUAUUGUUGCUGUUUGUGAAUUUCCAAAAGAUUUCAGCAUUGUACUAGAAUUGUCGACUAGGUACCCUGGUUUUAUUCAUCCCUGCGUUGGAGCUCACCCUGUACAGGAAGGCAACAGGAGCGUCUCUUUAAAGGAAUUUGAAAAGACCGAGGAAUUUGUAAGGCAAAAUGCGAAGUUACUUGUUGGAAUAGGUGAAGUAGGCCUUGAUUUCACGCCAUAUAUCAUUAAGUCUCCCAAAGACAAGGAAAUUCAACGAGAAGUUUUUAAAAGACAGAUUCAACUUGCCAAAGAUUUUAGUCUUCCGUUGAAUGUGCACUCCAGAUCCGCUGGAAGACCAGUUAUCGACAUUCUCAUUCAAGAAGGUGCAAAAGAUGUCGUUCUCCAUGCGUUUGAUGGCAAGCCGUCCGUGGCAAUGAAAGGUGUUGAUGCUGGUUACUUCUUUUCUGUGCCACCCUCUGUCAUUCGAUCUGAACAGAAGCAGAGACUGAUAAAGCAAAUUCCACUGGCAAACCUUCUUUUGGAAACCGACGCGCCGGCGCUCGGACCUGUAAAACAGGAAAGAAACGAGCCAAAGAACAUAGAGAUUUCUUGCCGGGAGAUAUCCAAAAUAAAGAAUAUCUCUGUUGCACAUGUAAUAGAAGAAACAACGAAAAAUGCUCUUAGACUUUUUGAUAGAUUGUCAAGAUAACAACCAAUUCAUGCAUAAAGUACAUAUUUAGUGAAUGUUAGUGAUUCAGCAAUGUGCAGCUUUUUUAGUACAA